AUUAAAUAUUGACUGUUGAGUGAGACGGACGUUUGUUGUGCAACCUGUCCUGUAAAGUGUUGCUUGGAGAUACUAUUGUAUGGGUAUUAGGUGUGUAGGCGCAGUUCAGUGGUGCAAACUACAUGUGUCGAAAUGGAAAACGGAAGCGGAGCCCGGAAAGAGUCGGAAGAGAAGAGAGAGGUGAAGAAGGGCAAGCCCAACGUGCUGUCCCGGCUGUUCAUGUGCUGGGUGUGCCCCGUGCUGGUGGGCGGCAACCGGCGCGACGUGGAGGAGCGGGACCUCAUACCGCCGCCCAGCGCCAAGUACAAGUCCGAGUCUCUCGGAGACAAGUUUGAAAGGUACUGGCUAGAAGAGCUGGGUCUGGCGACGCAGCGCGGGGUGGCGCCGUCGCUGUGGCGGGCGCUGCGCCGCGCCUUCUGGCUGUCCUACAUGCCGGGCGCGCUGCUGCUGCUCGGGAACGCCAUACCCAGGACCAUCCAGCCGCUGCUAUUCACGCGGCUGCUCUCCUAUUGGUCGGCGGACAGCACCAUGACCCGACUGGAGGCCGGCUAUUGGGCCAUGGGCAUGCUGCUGUGCAACUUCCUGGCCAUGGUGUGCCACCACCACAACACGCUAUUCGUCGGCCGCUUCGGCAUGAAAGUCAGGAUUGCCUGUUGCUCGCUGCUCUAUCGGAAGCUGCUCCGCCUUAACCAGAGAUCCCUACAAAGCACGGCGGCGGGCAAGCUGGUGAACCUGAUGUCGAACGACGUGGCGCGCUUCGACUACGCCUUCAUGUUCCUGCACUACUUCUGGAUGAUCCCGCUGCAGUCGGCCGCCGUGCUGUACUUCAUGUUCCGCGCGGCCGGCUGGGCGCCCAUCGUGGGCCUGUUCUCUGUCAUGCUGCUCAUACUGCCUAUACAAGCCGGCCUCACCAAGCUCACAGCUGUCUACAGGAGGGAGACUGCACAAAGGACAGAUAAGAGAAUUAAACUAAUGAGCGAAAUUAUCAAUGGUAUUCAGGUGAUAAAGAUGUACGCGUGGGAGGUCCCCUUCCAGAAGGUGGUGGGGUCCUCCCGCGCGCACGAGGUGGAGGCGUUGAAGCGGGCGUCCUUCGUGCAGGGCACCUUCGGCGGGUUCAUGCUGUUCACGGAGCGCACCUCGCUCUUCCUCACCGUCAUGACACUCGUGCUGACCGGGAGCAUGGCCACUGCUACUACGGUGUAUCCAAUCCAACAAUACUUUAGUAUAAUCCAAUCCAACUUGGCGCUCAUCCUCCCUAUCGCCAUCGCUCAACUCACUGAGAUGUUGGUUUCAUUGGAAAGACUUCAGGAGUUUUUGAUGUUAGACGAGAGGGAGGACCUGUCGGUGAUGCCGGGCGGGCAGGCGGACACCGCGCCCGUGGCCUUCAAGUACACGAAGGAGACCACGGCGCCCGCCUACAUCGUGUCCAAGAGGUACUCCAAGAAGGAAGACGACACCGGCCUGGCUGCGGAGCUGGUGGAACGCAAAUCUGCGAGCGAGUUCGCGGUCGAGCUGAACGACGUGAGUGCGUCGUGGGGGGGCGAGGGGGACAAGGACCAGCACACGCUGCGCGGGGUGAGCCUGCGCGUGCGCCGCGGCAAGCUAGCUGCCAUCAUCGGACCCGUCGGCUCGGGGAAGUCGUCACUGCUCCAAGUGUUGCUGAAAGAGCUGCCGGUGUCGUCGGGCAGCGUGGGUGUGCACGGGCAGAUAUCUUACGCGUGUCAGGAGUCCUGGCUCUUCUCCGCCACCGUCCGGGACAACAUCCUCUUCGGGCUGCCGUAUGAUUCGAAGAAAUAUAAGAAGGUGUGCGACGCGUGCUGCCUGCAGCCUGACUUCAAGCAGUUCCCGUACGGAGACCUGUCGCUGGUGGGCGAGCGCGGCGUGUCGCUGUCCGGGGGGCAGCGCGCCCGGAUCAACCUGGCCCGCGCCGUGUACCGGGACGCCGACAUCUACAUAUUCGAUGACCCACUGUCAGCGGUGGACGCGAAUGUGGGUCGGCAGCUGUUCGAGGGCUGCAUCAACGGCUACCUGCGCGGCCGCACGCGCGUGCUCGUCACGCAUCAGAUACACUUCCUCAAGGCCGCAGACUACAUAGUCAUACUCAACGAGGGUGCCAUUGAAAAUAUGGGCACGUACGAUGAUUUAACGAAGCUGGAGAAUUCGCUGCUGCUGCCUAAACAACAGGAGGGUUCCGGUGAUGACAGUAAGGAUGAACUAGCUAUUCCGAAUGCAGCAAACAAGCCGAUAAUGGAACGGGGGGUAUCAGUGGUAUCCGUAAAGAGUGAAGACAAUGGUGAGGCCCGGAAGGAGCAGGUACAGGCGGCGGAGGAGCGCGCCUCCGGGAACCUCAAGUGGGAGGUGUUCGCGAGGUACCUGGUCUCCGUGGACUCCUGGGCCAUCGUGGCGCUGACGCUCACCGCGAUGCUGAUUACCCAGGGGGCGGCAUCGUCCACCGACUACUGGCUGAGUUUCUGGACAAAUCAAGUUGAUGGAUACAUACAAGACCUGCCAGAUGGGGAGGAGCCAGACCCAAGUCUCGGCACACAGACGGGCAUCCUCCUGACGGGCCAGUACGUGUACAUCUACGGCGCACUGGUGCUGACUAUCAUCGUGAUGUCGUUCAUGCGGCUGUUCGGCUUCGUGACCAUGACCAUGCGCGCCGCCGCCAACAUCCACGACCUCAUGUUCCGAAACCUCAUCCGCGCCACCAUGCGCUUCUUUGACACCAAUCCUUCAGGUCGCGUGCUAAACCGGUUCUCCAAAGACAUGGGCGGUAUGGACGAGCUGCUGCCCAGGUCCAUCCUGCAGGCCUUCCAGAUGUACCUGUCCAUGGCGAGCGUGCUCACGCUGAACGCCGUCUCCCUGCCCUGGACCCUCAUACCCACGGUGCUGCUGCUGGGACUCUUCAUCAGGUACCUCAAGUGGUACCUGAACGCUGCGCAGUCUGUGAAGAGACUGGAGGGUACAACCAAGAGUCCAGUGUUUGGAAUGAUCGGCUCUACUCUAUCGGGAAUGUCGACAAUCAGAAGUUCAGACUCACAGGACAGACUAAUUAAAAACUUCGACGACUGCCAGAAUCUCCAUACUUCUGCCUUCCACACUUACAUCGGGGGAGCCACGGCCUUCGGAUUCUAUUUGGAUAUGAUAUGCCUCGUCUACCUCGCGUCUAUAUUAUCAAUUUUCAUCCUUAUCGACUUCGCGGACGUGAUCCCGGUGGGCAGCGUGGGGCUGGCGGUGAGCCAGUCCAUGGUGCUGACGGUGCUGCUGCAGCUCGCGGCGCGGUUCACCAGCGACUUCCUGGCGCAGAUGACCGCCGUGGAGCGCGUGCUCGAGUACACUAAGCUGCCGCACGAGGAGAACAUUAAUGAUGGACCUACACAGCCGCCCAAGACAUGGCCUGCUGAAGGGAACAUCAAAUUUGAAAACGUGUUCCUGACUUACUCGUUGGAGGACCCACCCGUGCUCAAAAAUAUUAACUUCGAGAUCCAAAGCGGUUGGAAGGUGGGUGUGGUCGGCAGAACGGGGGCCGGGAAGUCAUCUCUCAUAUCUGCCCUUUUCCGAUUGACCAAUUUAGACGGAAGCAUUAAAAUUGAUGGGAUCGAUACAAUAGGAAUAGCUAAGCAGGAGCUCAGGGCGAAGAUUUCAAUUAUACCGCAAGAGCCUGUUCUGUUCUCGGCCACGCUCCGCUACAACCUGGACCCCUUCGACUUGUACAGUGAUGACGAUAUUUGGAGAGCUUUGGAACAGGUGGAGUUGAAAGACGUGGUUCCGGCGCUCGACUACAAAGUGUCGGAAGGGGGUAGCAAUUUCUCCGUGGGACAGCGGCAGCUGCUGUGCCUCGCGCGCGCCGUGCUGCGCUCCAACAAGAUACUAGUCAUGGACGAGGCCACCGCCAAUGUCGACCCGCAGACGGACGCGCUGAUCCAGUCGACGAUCCGGCGGCAGUUCGCGGCCUGCACCGUGCUCACCAUCGCACAUCGUCUUAACACCGUCAUGGACUCCGACCGAGUGCUCGUCAUGGACAAGGGUGAAGUGGUGGAGUUCGACCACCCCUACACGCUGCUGUCAGCCCCCGGCAGCCACCUCAACUUCAUGGUGGAGGAGACGGGAGACAACAUGAGCAAGGCCCUUUAUGACAUGGCCAAGAAGAAAUACUUCGACGACCAUCCUCAAUGAUAGCUUGUACCUUAGGUUGUAAUAAUAAUUGAAUUUUAGGAAAUAAAUAAUGUUAUGAUAACUUAC